CAACCGCUGGACAUUCUCGUCGGGAAGGUAGAGCAGCCUCAUCCUGGGCCUGGGGCACUUACACGGCACCUUGGAGUCUAGAGCUCUUCCCCCCAUUGCUCAUUGUGUAACAUAUCCAUGUUAGGAGAGCUCCCUAUAACGUCAUCCAACAGCUCUCGCCACACCAUCCCCGCGCUUAGAUCUUCAUCAUGACGUGUGGCUGUUGCAGCUUUCUCGUCCGAUAGCAAGGUGCGGCGCAGUAUCAUGGCUAGAAAAUUAGGCUCACACUGACGUUGUGACUUUGAAUUGACGUGAUCGAAAUCGAGAAUGGCCUGGCAGUAAAACUUGUUUUGUAUAAGCCGUGUGUCGGUAUAAGUAGUUGAAGAUGUGGUGGUGGUUGCGGUUUCGACAAAAGUAUCAAUUCAUUCCAUUCUUGGCCAACUUGCGAAGCGAUACCCAAAACAACAAUCCCAAUAACAAUAACAAUUCCCAACUAACACAACGAUACCCCAUUAAUCCUCUCUUAUCUGAAAGAUACCCUUUUCUCGACCUUGAAGGAGUUGAACCAGUCCAAAACCACCACAUCAUGGCAGACCUCUCCUCCCAGGUUCAAGACACAACAAAAGAUACUGCCUCUUCCAAAGAGCAGGAAUCCCCUGUCAAUCUUGAGUCAGUCCCCAGGAGCGGAGCUGGCGUCGUGAAUGAUGCCGGAGAAGUCCUAGAUGAAACCGGCAAGACCGUUGGCAAGAUUGCCGACAUCGAUAACCUUCAGAACCUCGUUGGUAACACCGUCAACCAAGCCGGUGAAGUUGUCAGCUCUUCAGGCGAUGUUCUUGGCAAGACCCUGCCCAUAGGACAAGGCAAGCCUGAAGAGGAAGAGGACUCCCACGACGAGGAGAAGAGCGAAUACACAACCCAGCCCAAAGAAAAGAAGUCUGGUGGUCUGGGAAGCGCCAUCGGUAGCGUUACCGGCGCCGUUGGAAAGGCUGUUGGAGGAGCCACAGGAGCUGUUGGCGACACAGCGAAGGGUGCCACAGAUACCGUUGGCGACACAGCAAAGGGAGCUACGGAUACCGUUGGCGAUACAGCGAAGGGUGCUACAGAUACCGUUGGCGACACCGCAGAGGGCGCCACAGACACCGUUGGAGGUGCGACUGAGGGCAUUGCCAACAAGUCAGAAGCCACCUCCCAAGGUACCGACACCAAGACACCGGCCGAGACACCCGGAGCCCCAGAGGUCAAGGACGAGACACCCGAUGUCAAGUCUGAGGGCCAAGACCAGAAGGACAUCAGCCUCGAGGACCGCGACGCUCCUGACGCUGGAGACAAGCUGAAGGAGAUCCCCCCAGAGUCCGAGGAGGCUAAGGAGGCAACCGGCAAGGCAGAGGAUACUGCUGAGGGUGUUCCUGAACAGGCCAAGGAUAUCCCUGAGGAGGCCAAGGAGGAUGUUGCCUCCAAGGUCGACGAGCAGGAUGUUCCCAAGCCUGAGGAGGUCGAGGAGAAGCUUCAGGAGAAGACUGAGGGUGCCCAAGACGAGGUUCCCAAGUCUGAAGUUCCCGACAAGUCUGAGGCUGCCGACGAGAUCCCCAGCGGCGAGGCCCCUGGUGAUGACGGUGACAAGUCCAAGGCUGGUGAUGACCUGAAGUCUGUGGCUCCUGGUGAAGAAGCUGCUGGUGUCAUCGAUGAGGUCCAGGACAAGGCCGCCGAAGGCGAGGAAGCCGCUAAGGAUCUCCCUGAGGAGGCCCAGAGCAAGGCUGCCGAGGGUGAAGAGACUGCUGAAGGCAAGGUUGCCGAAGGCGAAGAGGCUGCUGAAGGAAAGCUUGCUGAAGGUGAAGAGGCCGCCGAAGGCAAGGUUGCCGAGGGCGAGGAAGUUACUGGCGAUGCCACUGAGGAGGCCAAGGACAAGGCCGCCGAGGGUGAAGAGGCCGUUGAAGAGAAGGCUGCUGAGGGCGAGGAGGCUGCCAAGGAGCUCGACUUCUCCAUCCUCAAGGGCACCACCGUCGACAAGGAGGGCAAUCUCGUCAACGAGAAGGGCGACAAGCUCGGCAAGGUUGUCGAGGGAGAGCUCAAGCAACUCAUCGGCCUCAGCAGUGACGACCAAGGUGUCAUCUGGGACAAGACCGGCAAGCAGCUUGGCAAGGCUGAGCCCAUCCCCGAGUGGGACCGCGAGCAGCUUGACUUCUCCAUCCUCAAGGGUACCACCGUCGACAAGGAGGGUAACCUCGUCAACGACAAGGGCCACCUCAUCGGCAAGGUCACUGAAGGCGAGAUCAAGCAACUCAUUGGCCUCACUGCUGAUGAGCAGGGUACUAUUUGGGACAGGACUGGCAAGAAGGUCGGAAAGGCCGAGCCUCUUCCUGAGUGGGAGCGUGGUGAGCAGAAGGAUUACAGCAUCCUAAAGGGCACCACUGUUGACAAGAACGGAAACCUCGUCAACGAGAAGGGUCACCUCUUCGGUAAGGUCGUUGAGGGCGAGAUCAAGCAACUCAUCGGCUUGGCUUCUGACGACCAGGGUACCAUCUGGGACAAGACCGGUAAGGCCGUUGGUAAGGCUGAGCCUCUUCCCGAAUGGGAGCGUGGUGAGCAGAAGGACUUCUCCAUCCUCAAGGGCGCUGUUGUCGACAAGGAGGGUGGUCUCACCAACGACAAGGGAGACACCAUCGGCAAGGUCACUGAGGGUGAGAUCCGACAGCUCGUUGGCCUCAAGGCUGAUGAGAAUGGCAAGAUCUGGAGAGACGGCAAGGUCGUCGGCCAGGCUGAGCCCCUCGCUGAGUGGGACCGCGUCCAGAAGAAGGAUCGCUCCAUCCUCAAGGGCUCCAAGGUUAACAAGGUCGGCAAGCUCGUCGAUGCCAACGGUACUGUCGUCGGCAAGGUUGUUGAGGGUGAACUGAAGGAGCUUGUUGGCAAGCGCGCCGACGAGAAUGGUGACAUCUGGAACGACUCUGGCGAGGUUAUUGGCAAGGCCGAGCCCGUCUCUGUCUCUGAGCGUGAGGACAAGUCAUUCGCUCCCUUCGAGCACUUCCCCGGCGCCACCGUCGAGUCUGAUGGUCGUGUCAUGUACCAGGGCGAGCAGGUUGGUGAGGUCAUCGAGGGUGACCCCAAGCAGCUCAAGGGCAGCGAGGUCGAUGAGGAUGGUGACAUUCUCGACCGCCGUGGCAACACUGUCGGUAAGGCCAAGCGCUGGGAGGCUCCUGAGGUUGAGGAGGAGAAGCCCGUCGACAAAUCUGCUCUUGCUGGCAAGCGCGUCAACAAGGCCGGUAACCUCGUCAGCGAGUCUGGCGAGAUCUACGGCCGUGUCAUUGAGGGUGAUGUCCAGAAGCUUGUCGGACGCAUGUCUGACAAGGAUGGAAACAUCCGAAGUGAGUCUGGCGACAUCAUUGGCAAGGCCGAGCUCGUCUCUGAGGGCGAGCGCGGUGGUAAGAAGGAGGGCCCCUUCGCCCAGCUCAAGAACUGCACCGUCGGCAAGGACGGUAAGGUCGUCAACGGAGCUGGUGAGGUUGUUGGCCGACUUGUCAUUGGUGACGCUAAGGCUCUUGCUGGACGCGCUGUUGAUGAUGACGGUGAGAUCACCGACUCCAACGGUAAUGUCAUUGGCAAGGCUGAGCGCUGGGAGGAGCCUGAGAAGGAGCAGAAGCACAACCCUCUGGCUGGCCGAAAGGUGAACCGCGAGGGUAACGUCGUUGACGCUGAUGGCAACAUCAUCGGCAAGCUUACCAGCGGUGAGCUUCUCGACUGCGCUGGCAAGGAGAUCGACGAGGACGGCGAUGUCUUCAACCAGAAGGGAUCCGUCAUCGGUCACGUCUCUCUUCUCGAGGACAUCCCCAAGGAGGAGGAGCCCGAGCCCGAGGGUGAGACUGAGGAGGAGAGACUCAAGCGCGAGCAGGCUGAGGCCGAUGAGGCCAAGAAGACCGAGGAGGCUGAGAAGAACAAGAAGCUCGCUCAACAACUGGCUUACCAGAUUGAGCAAACCCUUGAGAGGCUCCGACCCAUCUGCAAGUCCAUCAACGACAAGAUCAGCGCUGCUGAGGCUCAGAAGCCUGAGGAUCGUGAUGAGGAGGAACUUGUCCGACAGGUCAAGCCUCUCAUCGAGGAUGGUGGUAAGAUCCUGACUGAGACCAACGGCAUCAUCCGUGGUCUUGACCCCGAUGGCCGUAUCGCUCGCAACGCUAAGCAGAAGGUUGCUGGUGGUGAGGCCACUCCCGAGGAGGCUCACCUUGCCAACUUGCUCAAGGAGCUCUCUACUGAGAUCCAAACCACCAUUGAGGAGGGCAAGCGCAAGCUUGAAGGUAUGCCUCACGCCAAGAAGGAGAUCAACCCUCUCUGGGGUCUCCUUGCCGAGCCUCUCUUCCAGAUUGUCGCUGCUGUUGGUCUAUUGCUCAGCGGUGUGCUUGGCCUUGUUGGCAAGCUUCUCGGUCCCAUCCUGGGUCCUCUGCUUAACGGUCUUGGUCUUGGUGGUCUGCUCGAUGGUCUUCUCGGAGGUCUUGGCCUCAAGAAGAUCCUCGGCAGCCUUGGUCUUGGUGACGUCGUCGGCACAGUCACCGCUCUCUCAACCAUCAACAAUCACCAUGCCCAGCUUGCUUCUGGCGUGGCCUUCCUGAACGAUGCAACGAUGCGUCUCUUCCUCAUACGCCAUGGAGAGACAGUCGACAACGUCGCAAACCUCUAUGCCGGGUCUCGCGACUCAGCCUUGACUGCCCACGGCGUCAUGCAAGCUCAACGGCUAGCAUCUCACCUCUCUGAGCACGUCGCCAUUGAUCGCAUCUUCUCGUCGAACCUCAGCCGCGCGGUGCAUACCGCCCAGGCUAUCCUCGAUGCGCAGAAACGCGCGAAGGACCUGAAAUUGAUUCAGGCGCCAGAGCUGAGGGAGAAGGACUUUGGGACGGGUGAGGGCACCAAGUUUGGGGCUGCGACGAAGCAUGAGGGCUCUGAGACACCGCAGGCGAUGAGGAAGAGGGCUGAUGUUUUCUUGGACGAGCAUUUACCUCGAUUGCACGAAGACUCGACCGUCUGCAUCGUCGCUCACGGUAUCAUUCUCGGUACUUUUUACAAAGCACUCCGCGACAGAGCCUCCUCAUCUGCUGGUCCAGAUGCCGAACUGGAGGGUCAGGCAUCUGCUUUCGUGCGCCCUUCAUGGAGCAACACCGGCUACAUCGAGGCCCUCAUCACGCGUGACUCUUCCGACAAGCAUCUCCAGAUGCGCGUCGUGAAGAUCAACAGCGUCGACCACCUCAAAGGUCUGAGAAAGACCCGGGGCGGAAUUGGCAGUGCCAAGUUCGACGCGAAACAAAAGACGAUGGACUCAUUCUUCAAGCCAACAUCGCGAAAGCGCAAGCUCGAAGAUGAGGACAUCGUAUCUCGCUAAAUGGUCUCAUUAGAACUGCAUCGUAUCAUGAUCGAUGGUCUUCAUAGAAUCAUUACAUAUAAUACAUAAUACACACUAUUCUAAACAUCUGUGC